UAGAAUUUGGUACGAGCCAUUACACAUAUUUAGUACUUAUACAUACGUAGUGCAAAGAUGGCGUCGACGGUGUGUGUGUCGAGGUGCCGACUUUUAGCAAAAUUAGAAUUAAAUCGUGGUUUGUGUGUGUCGCCGAUAUUUAGGGAUUUUUCAAAUAACAGGGAGUCAUGGUGUCGGCGGUGGCGACCGGCUCGAAGGACCUUUUUGACAAGCGUAUGCGCUCACGGAUCCAAAACGCCUUCAAAAGUUGAUCACGAGAAAUCUGACGAUGUGACGGUGACGUACCGGCGCGGGCUGCCCGUGAUCACGGUCCCGCUGCCGUCGCGCCGCGAGCGAUGCCGCUUCACUCUGCGGCCCGUCUCGCAGACCGUCGGCGACCUCCUCGAACAGGUCAAAGCAGAAGACCGCGGCGUGGAGCGAGCCACGGCCCUGGCGGCGGAUGAGCGCGUGCGCAUCGCGUCCAGCGACACCGUCGAGUCGCUGCUCGAGAACGACUUCCGGCUCAUCAUCAACGACAUCGAGUACUACGUCAAGAGCCCCUCGCAGGAGCGGCUGAGCACGGAGGAGAUAACGCGACUGAGCGACGUGCGGAAUCUGGUCAAUCAGCUGUACGAGACGCUCAACGUACGCGAGCAUCAGAUUCGUAAGGAGAGGGAAAUACGUUCGCAGCUCGAGAAGGUUACUGCGGAAAUACAGCCGCUUGAGGAGAAACGGCUAAGUUUAGAAGUGGAAACCAGCCGCCGCACCUCCGCGCUGACGUGGGUCGGCCUCGGCCUCAUGGGCGUCCAGUUCGGGGUGCUCGCGCGGCUGACCUGGUGGGAGUACUCCUGGGACAUCAUGGAGCCCGUCACGUACUUUGUCACUUACGGGACGGCGAUGGCCGCCUAUGCUUACUUCGUGCUAACGAAACAGGAAUACAUAUUGCCCGAUGUGAAAGAUAGGCAACAUCUGCUGACGUUGCACAAAAAGGCGAAAAAGGUCGGACUGGAUAUUAACCAGUACAAUCAUCUGAAAGAUGAGAUAGACAAACUGCAAAAGGACCUAGCGCGGCUGCACGACCCGCUUCACAUCCACAUGUUGCCGAAGCGCGGCCCCCCGGCCUCCGAGAAACGCUCGCCCCUCACCAAGAUUAAGGACAUGAUCGAGGAGACCGGCAAGAAAAUGAAGAUCACGUAAUAUUUGCUGACCGCCACGCGUCGCUAGACCACGCGUACGUAAUACUUUCAUUGUAGGAGUAAAGCCAAGAUUCAUUGGUUGUGUAAGAUUUGUAAGAUCUAAGACAAAUGCUUCGGAUAUGAGUCAUAUCCGAAGCAAUUUGUCUUAGAUCUUACAAAUCUUGAUAUGACAGCUAAUGUAGAUAGCGCUGUACAGCUCCGUACAAUGCGGUAACUCUGGCUGUCAAAAAUUGACAACUCAGUUGCUACAAAACACAGCGCCGUAUAGCGCUGUCUAGUUAGGCUGCCAAACUCGAGGCACGAUUUUUUCUUACACCUCUUUUAUUUACAAUCAAAAAAUUUUUGCAACAAAGUAUAACGAUGAAGUACACGUUGGAUUAGAUUUUUGCUUUUUGAUAACUCGGAACGAUCGUCAGUGACUAUUCUAUUAUUUGCAAAGGCCUUAAUGCCUUUACUGGAUAUCGUCAAUGCGAUCUUUACUAAUUGAAGUCUUUGUGUGAAGUUAACAUGUUCACACUGUGAAUAACUACACAUUGAACUUUAGAACAAUGUAACGACUCUAUACGAAUGUAAUGCCAGAACGGCCGUAACCGUCAAACUAUGUGUUGGUUGAUACCUACAUAAAUCGCUUGGCGCCCGUUACGUAAUUUAUAGAAAAAAAAAGUCUAGGAAAAUUUUAUGUUGGAUAAGUUUGACAUGCUCAGAAAUUGUUUCCUAUUAAACAUUUAGUUACAUUAUUAGUAAAAUUAACUAACCUAAGAACAUCAGAAUCCAUACUACUUUAUCAUUAUCAAAUAUUAGUGAAAUCUCUCAAUCUCAGUCAUUAAUUUAAGCACAAAAUACAGCAAAUAAAUCUUUAUCACAAAGUAUCCCAUUUAUAAUACUUUUAAUCAGUGCCAAUAGUUAUAAAUUCUCGUGUCAUUGAUUCAACUCAAUAAUACUAACGUAGCUAGUGAAGUUAUCAAAUUCUAGUCCUUAUUGUAUAAUAAUCUGAGUACACAUGUUUUUUGGUACUUAAAAUGUAGGACCCUUGCCAUACUGAACAAUUUACGAUUAAUAUACAUGACAUGACUUAACUACGAAAGCUGUCAACCCUUUAUUGUCGACGUCUUACGUCAUGUGAAAAAUAAAAGCUAUAAACAAAGAAAAGGUACCACCUUGAUGUUUAAAACAAAGGAAUAUUGUUAAUGUAAUAAUAAUCGAUGCUUGUAAUAUUCGCGCAAAUUUAGUUUGUACAUGUUAUGCUUGAUUUUAUAAGAAGGAGCUUUUUAGUGUAAUUUAUUAAAAUAUUGAGUAAAUAAAUUUUAUAUAUAAAAUUAGUUCAUAUAAAAUGUGUAAUUAAAAGUUUUAUAAAAAAUA